AGUGGCAGAACACUUGUUAAAGCAAGCGCAAUGAGAUACGAGUUGACCAAUAAAUAUACACCAAUGCAUAAAACAACUGCAUUUUCUGUAAAAGUAUUAUUUCCUUAAGAAGUAUUCACCACACUUUACGCAAACAAAGCAAAGUUUUUAUCAGACUUGGUAAUUUAUGAAAAAUGGUGAAAAAAGAAUCCGAAAUAAAAAUAUCUCGGGUAACUCGAAAACUUCUUCAAUACAGCUUACUAUGGCCUACUGAAGGAGAGGAAUUAAAUCCAGGCAAAUGGUUUUAUUUCCGAAUUUUUGCAUUUUUGUCAUUUACAAGUUUAUGGUGUAUUGCCAUAUGUAUGCACUUUAUAUUUGUGAUGAAAGACAAACCUGACUGGGAUCCAACUGAAGAAAUCGCUAUCAUUAUUGCCAUUUAUGGAACUUACUACAUAGUAUUGGCUUAUGUGAAAAAUCAAAGAAAAGCAGCUGGAAUUCUUCGAGAUCUAUCAAACUUUGACAAGUUUGGUGUGCCUCCUGGUUUUGAAGAAGAAGAACAACGCUUAAGAGUCUACAUUAUCUGUGUUUUUAUUUACGGAUUUAUCACAAUAACGUUUUACAAUUUUUAUAAAAUGUCGCAAAAAAAGUCGUGUGAACGAUUUAAUAUCGAACACAAUUUGCACGAAAAUUGUGGCUUGUUGUCUCCGGUUUGGAUUCCAUUCAGAAUUGAUAAGUUUCCAAGAUAUGAAUUGGUUUUCUUGUAUUUGCUUACCUGCUGUCAUCUACUCAUGAAACUGCCUCUAAUCGUGUCUUAUAAUGCCUUGGAGAUGGUCCAUCACAUUAUCUUAAGAAUCAAUCACUUAAAAAUAAUGAUUACUGAAUGCUUUGAUGAUCCUGAUUACGAGAUAAGUCGUCGGAAGUUAACACAGUGCAUUUUAUAUCACACUGAAAUAUUGGAAUUUGCAACAAGAGUCGAUGACUGCUUUUCAAAUUGUAUGUUUGCACAUCUUACACUAACUGGAACAAUUUGCGCCUGUUUGGAAAAGCAAAUAGUGGCUGGAUUUAGCAGAUUUGGCGCAAUUCUACACUUUUUUGGCUGGAUUUUAGCCUUAUUUAUUGCUUGUUUGGGAGGUCAACAAUUUAUUAAUGCUAGCGAUACAAUUCCGGAGGCUCUUUGGGCAUCAAAAUGGUAUAAUGCUGAUUUACGGUUAAGAGGAGAUUUAUUACUGAUGAUGAUGAGAUCACAAAGAGAUCUUCAUAUUACUGCUGGACCUUUUGGAGUUGUUUCAUAUGCUUUAUUUGUUUCGGUUCUAAAAGCGUCGUAUUCCAUCCUAUGCGUUUUAACCUCGUAAAGGUUUUGGAAAACAAAAAUUAGAUACAACACGACUUUUAAGCUUUUAAACAAUCUGCACAAAAAUAACAUCUCCUUCAAAAAUACAGUAUAAAGAUCACUCAAUCACUGCUUUUAAUUUUAUCAUUCUAGUAAUAGUCUAGUAUAUUCUAAAAGCCAGGUUAUUAGCACAUUUCUAGAAAAAUUAGUAGUACGUUGUUAAAAGUUUUACUCAAAGACUUGAUAAAAAAAUAAUUUUACUUGAAAUUUACUUUAAACUAAAAAGUGCUCGAAACCAAAGUAAAAAAGAAUAAAUUUUAACAGAAACGAAAUGAGUUCCAGAACACUCUCAAUCUAGGUUUGCAACUUCAAAUAAAAAAAAAUGAAAUAUUUAUGUUUUAACCCCUCCAUUUGUGUUUUAUCAAAUAAGUUAAUAAAA